AUAUCACGAAAAUAAACACCUCUAGUUUUACUCGCUUCAAAAAUAUAUUUUAAUAUGGCAUACGAAGAGUGACCAGUUGCCUGAGUAAUCGAGGCUUAGAACGAUUUCAAAAAUAUCGAUAAUUCGAUGUUCACCACUCAGUCAGAAGGCAACCAAACUAACAUUUUUAAAUAAUAAUAAGAAACUUAAUAUGUGGCUAACAAAUAACUUGCAAGUGUCCUUAACACACUUAAAGACAACGCCAAAGAUCAUUAAAUAUGGUUUUAUGGAUUCGAAAUUUGGACGAAUGCUGCUGGGACUCACAACCAUAGCAAAGGGCGCUAAAAGGUGCGACGCAAUUUGCGUAUUGUAUUUUAUACAAGAAAACGAAAUUGCAACAUUGAAAGAGGUGCAGCAACGUUGGCCCAACGUAGAGUUUAUGGAGGAUGCUGAAGCCAUUGAUCAAGUCAUCGAAAUCCUAUCGAUCGAUAAGGAGAACACCGCUGCAAUCGACGUUGCUGUCGUGGGAACAGAUUUACAGUUUGCAGUUUGGAACGAAUUGAUUAAAUUAAAGGCGGGCAAAACGUUGACUUACAGCGAACUAGCUGAGCUGGUGGAGCGUCCCAAGGCGGUGCGAGCGGUGGCAAAUGCUGUGGCAAAGAAUGAGGUGUCCAUUCUGAUACCUUGUCAUCGUAUUGUAUCCAAAAGCGGCGCUGUUAAAUAUCAUUGGGGUGCAAAACUCAAGAGCGAUUUGUUGGCAUACGAAGCAAAAUAAAUAUAAAUAUAUAAUUUAAAAAUUCAUUUUUAUUGAAAUUCAGCUCCGGACUCGUUUUUUUCCAUUUAACUUUGAACCUAAGAUUGUUCUUAUUCUGUGUAUGGUGUCUUAUAAAAAAACAAAUGACAAAAUCAACUGAAAUGCAAACAGGCUCAAGAGAUUGUGCAUCCCUGGCAUUAUCCAUAUAGCUAAUGCCCGCAGAUCCUACUUAAAUUGUAACUAUAUAUCUAUACUGGUCCUAUUCUCGAUGCAGCAGCACAAAUAUUGCCAGAAUCGAGAGUAUAGCCCACUGCAAAGCAAAGAAUAAGUUAGAAAACAAGAAAUUUACAUUAAUUUUAGUCGUUGCUUACCUUAACUUUUGGAUAUUCGUUCAUGAAGAUCGUGAUAAUGCCAACAUAUGGCAGAAACCCUCUGGCGCGGCCAACUAUGUCCUUCUUGGUCAACCAGAGCUGUCCUGGCGCAUACAGUCCUCGGUCAUCCACAUUGUUGUUGUCACCCUUGGUCAGGAACUUAACGGAACCAUCUUCCCUAUAUAACAUAAUCGAAUAUAACUAUUUAAUUACUAUUCAAUUAAGGUGAAUAUAGAUCUACGCACUUCUCGUGCAGCUUGAUCACACGAUGCACUAUGGGUAUGUCCCGUCCCUCCACCUUGAAGACCACAAUCUCGCCAACACGCACCGGCUCUUCCUUAUAGUUGGUGAGGAACAACAAAUCGCCACGAUGAAAAGCCGGCUCCAUGCUGCCGCUCAAGACAACAACAAUGGGCGAUUCACUGCCGGUGACAACCAUAAGACCCUUCCAUAUCAUCAGGGCCGAGGAGACGAUCAUGGCAAAGCUUAGCACUUGAUAAAGCGACUGCAAUAAUAAUGCAACAUUUGCAAUCAAGCUUAAAUUAAUUACACAGAAAAGUAUUGGCGACGCAUACCUGACGCUUAUUCAUGCGAUUAAAGUCGCCCAUCAUUUCGUCUAUCUGCAACAUGCUGGCUAUACCCAUGUUUGUGCCUUUUGUUAUUUAUUUUGUUCUGAACAAUAAGCAAAUCAAGUCUACAGUU